AAAUAGACAAACAAAUAAAUAAAAUAAAAAUAAAAAUGAAUACAUUUACUCAUCUGUGAGAUGGGAUGUUGUUGUUUAUUGAAAUGGGAUGCGAAUAGGAAAUUAUUAGAAAUUAUAUAUAUUCUCUCUUUUUAUAUACAUCACUCUGCUACUGGGACCCGUGGAGCUUAACCAAAGCUUGGAGACAAACCUGGGGCGACAUGAGUUUAUGUAAAAACACCAAAUUUUAUUUGUAAUGGAAGACAGUGAAGUGACGGCUGGGCGAGCCAUUUCUCUCCGCCCUCUCGACUCAUUUAGCCCGUAUUUCUGGUUAUGCGCUGUUGUGUGCGUUUAUUCCAGCCCAGCCUGCAGUGCUCGCCGUGCAAGAUGGCCGCGGGUGAGAGCAAUAGCCGCUCCGCUUGUUUAAACCCUCCCAAUUCAGGCUCGCUGGGCAACGCUCGGCCGAGCAACGGUGCUCACUCGGUACCCGUCAGCAACCUGGGCUCAGGGUCUGCAGGGUCCGCGGGGAACGCUGAUCCCCAGGCGCCAGGCCUCGAUCGAGACACCGCGCUGGUGUCCGCGAGCACCGGGAGCGCGCAAAAUCCUCCGCGGCAGUCCGCGCCUCACAACACGGCGAGUAGGGACGCUUCUCGCGCCGCCUCCAACAUGAACAUGACGGCCACGUCGACGUCCAGCGCAGCAGCGGCGGCGGCAUCUUCAUCAUCCUCGUCGUCGUCGUCCUCCUCCUCCUCCUCCUCAUCUUCUUCUUCAUCAUCUGCGGGCGCGUCCGCAGUCUCGGCCUCUGUCCCCGGCAGCCCAGCCUCAGUGCUCGUGUAUCGUGAACCCGUUUACAACUGGCAGGCAACGAAAAGCACGGUGAAAGAAAGGUUCGCGUUUCUGUUCAACAACGAGGUGCUGAGCGACGUCCAUUUUUUGGUGGGGAAGGGGAUGGGAGUGCAGCGCAUUCCUGCGCACAGAUUUGCCCUCGCCGUUGGGAGCGCAGUGUUUGAUGCCAUGUUUAACGGCGGCAUGGCCACUACAUCCACCGAAAUCGAGCUGCCCGACGUGGAACCUGCUGCUUUUCUGGCCCUCCUUAAGUUUCUGUACUCUGAUGAGGUACAAAUUGGGCCUGAGACAGUGAUGACCACAUUGUACACCGCAAAGAAAUAUGCAGUGCCUGCGCUCGAGGCACAUUGCGUUGAGUUCCUGAAGAAAAACCUACGAGCUGACAAUGCUUUUAUGUUGCUUACCCAGGCACGGCUCUUCGACGAGCCACAGCUUGCCAGCCUUUGCCUCGAGAACAUAGACAAGAACACAGCAGAUGCACUCGCUGCUGAGGGCUUCACUGACAUUGACCUGGACACAUUGGUGGCGGUACUGGAAAGGGACACACUUGGGGUGCGAGAGGUGCGUCUGUUUGGAGCAGCGGUACGCUGGGCUGAGGCUGAGACUCAGAGGCAGCAGCUGCAGCCCACACCAGAGAACAAGAGGCGAGUGCUGGGCAAAGCCCUCGGCCUCAUCCGCUUCCCGCUCAUGACCAUAGAAGAGUUUGCAGCAGGUCCAGCUCAGUCAGGCAUACUGACAGACCGAGAGGUGGUCAGCCUAUUCCUGCACUUCACCGUUAACCCCAAACCUCACGUGGAGUUUAUUGAUCGCCCACGUUGUUGUCUGCGAGGGAAGGAGUGCAGCAUCACACGCUUCGGGCAGGUGGAGAGCCGCUGGGGAUACAGUGGGACCAGCGACCGCAUCCGGUUUUCUGUCAAUCGCAGGAUAUUUGUGGUGGGAUUUGGGCUUUAUGGCUCCAUACAUGGUCCAACUGACUAUCAAGUCAACAUCCAGAUCAUUCACACAGACAGCAACACAGUCUUGGGGCAGAACGACACCGGUUUCAGCUGCGACGGCACGGCUAAUACCUUCCGUGUGAUGUUUAAAGAGCCUGUGGAGAUUCUUCCUAGUGUCAACUACAUUGCCUGCGCAACACUUAAGGGACCAGACUCCCACUACGGGACAAAGGGUAUGCGCAAAGUCACUCAUGAGGCUCCAGCUACAGGCACAAAGACCUGUUUUACCUUCUGCUAUGCUGCGGGAAACAACAAUGGCACUUCGGUUGAAGAUGGACAAAUUCCUGAGCUCAUCUUCUACACGUAAUGAUGGACGUGGAUCUGUUCAAUGCGUGUGGACUGCUUCAAUACUUAUUACUCUUUCAGUGAACUACUCUGGUGUACACAUCAGUAACCAAAUAAUGAUUUUUAUUUUUUUUUUGUUUGAGUCUAUCAUGUACCCAGUUGUGCUUUUGGGUAUGGAUUUGUUUUUCUACCUGUGUAGCACCUCAUCGUAUAUGGCUAAACACGUGACCAAAUUGUGACAUCUGAUUGGUCAGAUGCUGUCAUUAGAGCUUUACCAAGUCAGUAACAGACAGCUGAAGUUCAGUUUAGUUUAGUGUUAAACGGGUCUGAACUGGGUCCACAUUUUGACUCUAGUAAAUAAUGUUUAGAUGUUCUGGAGUUGCACUGAUGCACUUUUGACCCAGACACAACUGCAAAUCGUGUUUGGGCAAAAUACACUACAUUUGUUUGAAAUACAGACUGUUACAUUUUCUGAGGCAUACAGAUGUUGAAAAAUAGCAGAAAAGUAUGUUUACAAGGAAUGGUGUUGAACUGUAAUGCCCCUGAUAAUCUUCAGUACCAAUUCUGAUGGAGCACUUGCAUUCAGAAUGCGAUUCUAAUUUUGAACAGAAUGAGGAUAACUUAAAUGAAUGUAUGUACUGCUUAUGUACUUUGUUUCUGUCAUUGUAAAAGUGCUGUAAAUACAUCAUGUAUGUUCAAUUAAAGUCUGUGCUUCUUCUCUUAAGAAAUGUAAUACUUGCUAACUGGAUUCACACCGGAACCCUUCAGAGGUCGAAGAUGUGAUCAAGAGCAAGUGAAAUCAGAUUACUUUUGGGUUCAUUCACACGAAUUUCAGCAUCGUCUGGAGUGGAAUAAAAAUGUGGUAUCUAAAGGAAAGU